GUAUUGCAUAAAACCGAAGACUAUUUACGGCAAGUCCUGUGCAAAGCUUCUGAAUCGAUCUACACUUGGGAUGUUCAGGUGAAGAAGAUGAAAGCUAUUUACCACGUGCUGAAUCUCUGCAGCUUUGACGUCACCAACAAAUGCCUCAUUGCAGAGGUCUGGUGCCCCAUGGCAGACCUCCCCAACAUGCGCCGCGCGCUGGACGAAGGAUCCCGAGAGAGUGGCGCUUCUGUCCCUUCCUUCAUGAACACCAUUCCGACCAAAGAAACUCCUCCGACUUUGAUCCGGACCAACAAAUUCACCUCGGGAUUCCAGGACAUUGUUGACGUAUACGGGAUAGGCAACUACAGGGAAGUUAAUCCUGCUCUGUUCACCAUCAUCACCUUCCCUUUCUUGUUCGCCGUGAUGUUUGGAGACUGCGGACACGGCUUCCUGAUGUUCCUCUUCGCGCUCGUCAUGAUUUUGUAUGAAAAACACCCCAAGCUUAUGAGGUCGCAAGACGAGAUCAUGAAAAUGAUUUUCCAAGGACGGUACAUCAUCCUGCUGAUGGGAUUGUUCUCCAUCUACACC